AUGGAUACUUUAACAACACCCUCUGUUUCUUCAGCUCUCAGAGUUCCGUCAAGAACCCUAACUUCAUCUCGCGACUUUCUUCACCUCAAGAAUCCCACCGCUCAUCUCCCUCAUCGCUCCCCUUCUCGUUACGCCGCUGCACUCCUCGACGCAUCUCAAUCUACCGGCACGAUUCACUCGGUGGCGAAGGAUGUCGGGAGAUUCUCGAAGCUGCUGAGAGGGAAGCGAAUUGGAAGGGUCUUGAAUGAUCCGUUGGUGGGAGACGAGGAGAAAGGGCGACUGGUGAAGGAAAUUGCAGUGAAGGGUGGGUUUGAGAGGCAGGUGGUGAAGUUAACGAAGAUGCUGAUUGAGAAGAGCAAACUAAGUAUUUUAACGGAGGUGUUUAGCGAAUUCGAAAGGGUUUAUGAUGAGCUCUGUGGAACGGAAGUGGUGAUGGUUUCUUCGAGCAAGAAGAUGGAGGAAGAAGAGUUGAUUGGGAUUGCGAAGAACGUGCAAAGGCUGAGUGGGGCUAUCAAAGUGAAGGUCAGAAGCUUCAUUCAUGGCGGAUUAAUGGUUUAG